GGAGUGUGGCGUGCUGACGUCCCCCAAGAUGGCGGAGCGAGGGUGAGCGAACUGUCCUCCCCUUUCACUUGAGCGCGAGCGCGAGAUUCCACCCCGAUCGCAAGAUGCAGUAUUCCCACCACUGUGAGCACCUCUUAGAGAGACUGAACAAGCAGCGGGAAGCAGGUUUCCUCUGCGACUGCACGGUGGUGAUCGGGGAAUUCCAGUUUAAAGCGCACAGGAACGUGCUCGCCUCCUUCAGUGAGUAUUUUGGUGCCAUCUACAGAAGCACUUCUGAGCACAAUGUCUUUCUUGAUCAGAGUCAAGUGAAGGCUGAUGGAUUUCAGAAACUGUUGGAGUUUAUAUACACAGGAACAUUAAAUCUGGACAGUUGGAAUGUUAAAGAAAUUCAUCAGGCUGCUGACUAUCUCAAAGUGGAAGAGGUGGUCACUAAGUGUAAAAUAAAGAUGGAAGAUUUUGCUUUUAUUGCUAAUCCCUCUUCUACAGAGAUAUCUAGUAUUACUGGAAAUAUUGAAUUGAAUCAGCAGACUUGUCUCCUUACUCUCCGAGAUUAUAACAAUCGGGAGAAGUCAGAACUAUCUACAGAUUUAAUUCAGGCAAAUGCCAAACAAGGGGCUUUAUCAAGAAAGUCAUCUCAAAGUAAAAAGAAGAAAAAAAUUCUCAAAUCCCAGAAAACUGGGCAGAAUAAAACAGUGCAAUAUCCAAGUGACAUUUUAGAGAGUGCAUCUGUUGAAAUUUUACUGGAUGCAAGUAAGUUGUCUACCCCUGUAAUAGAACAAGUUGCACAAAGAAAUAAUUCGGAACUGGAGUUGACAUCAGUUGUGGAAAAUACUUUUCCAGCACAAGAUACCGUGCAGACUGUUCCAGUGAAACGGAAACGUGGAAAGUCACAGCCAAACUGUGCUCUGAAAGAACACUCUAUGUCUAAUAUCGCCAGUGUCAAGAACUCGUUUGAACUGGAGAGUUCUGGAGAAGAGCUGGAUCAGAGGUAUCCCAAGGCCAAGCCAAUGUGUAACACGUGUGGGAAGGUCUUUUCAGAAGCCAGCAGCUUGCGAAGGCACAUGAGAAUACAUAAAGGAGUCAAACCUUAUGUCUGCCACUUGUGUGGAAAGGCAUUUACGCAGUGUAACCAGCUGAAAACGCAUGUAAGAACUCAUACAGGUGAAAAGCCAUACAAAUGUGAAUUGUGUGAUAAAGGAUUUGCUCAGAAAUGCCAGCUCGUCUUCCAUAGUCGCAUGCAUCAUGGUGAGGAAAAACCCUAUAAAUGUGACGUAUGCAAUUUACAGUUUGCAACUUCUAGCAAUCUCAAGAUUCAUGCAAGGAAGCAUAGUGGAGAGAAGCCAUAUGUCUGUGAUAGGUGUGGCCAGAGGUUCGCUCAGGCCAGCACGCUGACUUACCAUGUUCGGAGGCAUACUGGAGAAAAGCCUUACGUCUGUGAUACCUGCGGGAAAGCGUUUGCUGUCUCUAGUUCUCUUAUUACUCACUCUCGAAAACACACAGGUGAAAAACCCUACAUAUGUGGUAUUUGUGGGAAAAGUUUUAUUUCCUCAGGAGAGCUCAGCAAACAUUUUAGAUCCCAUACAGGAGAAAGACCAUUUAUCUGUGAAUUGUGUGGAAAUUCUUAUACAGAUAUUAAAAAUUUAAAGAAACACAAAACAAAAGUCCAUUCCGGUGCAGAUAAAACUCUGGAUUCCAGUGUAGAGGAUCACACCUUGGGUGAACACAAUUCCAUACAAAAAAGUCCUUUAUCAGAGACGUUGGAUGUGAAGCCCUCUGAUAUGACUCUGCCACUUACUCUUCCCCUGGGGACUGAGGACCAGCACAUGCUCCUGCCUGUCACAGAUCAUCAUUCUCCUACAUCAGAUACACUGCUGCGAUCAACUGUGAAUGGGUACUCAGAACCCCAGUUGAUUUUUCUACAGCAAUUGUACUGACUUUGUGAGAAACGCACAUUUGCUAAGAUGUUCUCUAGUAGCAAACAAACGUCUCUGGUAAGGUGCAUAUAUUCCUACUCAGCUGCCAUUCAUUUGAGUUGGAUCAUUAUUUUUCAUUCACUGAAGUAAAAGCAGCUGAUACUACAUCAUAUCUGUGCAAUGCUUGUUUUUGUUUUUGUUUUUUAUAUCUAGGUUAUAUAUGCAAUGAUUGAAUUGUACUGUUUUGGUUGGAUAAAUUCUUAUUUUCGUUUAGAGCUGUCUUGAUUCCAUUUUUACUAUGAAGUUUCCUUUUAUUUAUCUAAGUGGAAUCGGUCCAUUUAUAGGAUUUGUUUUCUCUUUUUUGGGUCAGACCCGGUGGUGCUUGGAGGAACCAGGCAGGCCUGGGGUCAAACCUGGGGCUUCCACAUGCAACGCAUGUACAUCAGCUUUAUGAGCAUCUCUCUGGCCUCUGAUGGUUCAGUUUUGACCUAUGGAAUUUUUUUCCCUUCUCAAAAUUUAAGCAAACUCCAGGAUAAUAUCAGCCUAAGUGUGAUUUUUUUUUUUAUAUAUAAUUUCCGUUGACCAAAACAUACAAUAGGGAAAGUAAAAUUUAGUAUUUUACCUAAACAAAUUUAGGGACUGAAUAAGAAUUGUGCUGUUUCCCUGUUAGUAUGUUCUAUUUAAAAUUUUUCAAUAAAAACAAAAGAAAACUUUUCCCUAACAGAAAAACGCUACGUGAAUAUUUGUUUAGAAUGUGGUAUUCUGGAGGAAACUCAUCUUUUUAAUUAUUUGAGAUUGCAUUUUUUUUAAGAAUUUCAAUCACGUUUAUUACUAAAAAUUUCAAUUGAUACAGAUCUUUCACUUGUCAGACAGUUGAUAAUCUCCAGAGGAAAAUACAUCAAAAGCAUAUAUACAAUUACAGAAGUUCUUAUUAUACAUGUAGCCUGGAUGGUACAUUAUUUAUCACUUUUUACAGAACUAGAAAACGUCCAAAUGAAGAUGAAUAGAUUCAAACUGGAUGAUAAACUUCUGAUGGUUGAGGUCCUUCAUUUAAUUUUUUGUGAUAAGAAAAUCCAAAAUUAGUAAUGUUGAAUUUCUCAUCAUACAUUCAUCUAAAAGCACAGUGAAAAAAGUAAACCUUGUAAAGACAGUAAAUUGGUUAUUUUAGGUGUUUCACAAGUCGCUUGUUAUCUCAUCCAUCAACUGCUGGAGGUUUCUGCACAGUGCAGAGAAUGGGGUGGCCAGGCCGAAAUUGUUGUUGUAAUUGUUGAGGUGGUCCCCGUUCCCGUCGAGAGCCGCCUCGGACAUCAUCUCCACUUUCAUCUGAGGUCCUGAUUCUUUCUUUGGAGGUCCACAAUCACGGAAUUCAGGAAAUCUAUCUGCCUAGCUCUGGAGCUCCCUUUUGGUCUCUUUGCGUUGAAGCUCCAAGUGUUUGACCUUGGGCUCCAGCUUCACCUUGUCAGGUUCCAGGGAUUGAACAACUGAAUGCAAGGACUUGGCGGAGGCAUUUUCUCCCCUGAGCAAGGAGACCUGCAACACAGGGGUCGAGAUUGCAUUUUCAAUAUGAAAUUUAAGUAGGUACUUGGUGUUUUUUUCUUGUAAAAAGUUUCACAAUGGAUGCAGUUUAUGUUUUAAUAAAUUUCUAGAUUACGAGAGAUGAAAAUAUAUUGAGUUUUGAAAGUUUUUGGUAAACCUCACUUACAAGUGUUAUGCACUUUUAUAAACUAUUAAGUUCUUAAAAGAAUUUUCUAAAUAUGAACUUAAUUCUACUCUAAAUAAAAAUCACUUGGCUUCCGAAUCUGAUGUUUUAUUAAAAAGUUAAAAAUUAACUUCGAUUUUUAGCAAACUUAAGUUAAUCAGAAAGCCAAUUUAUUGAAUGUUUUAUAUUUGCAUUUUCUAUAAAUUUUAAGUUUAAAUUUUUAUAAACCACAUUUUAUUGUAGUUUUAUAGUAGUCCUUUUGUUUUUAAUGACUAGGGAAUUUAGUAUGGUUUUGAUAUUUCCUGCCCCUCUUUCCCACAUGAUUUCUUUCAUUGUUCAGUUUUGGAUAUUAAAUAGUUUCUACAAAUUCAGCUCCUAAAGUUGAUCCAAUCAGUUUGGUGAUAUUAGUUCUUCCGCCAGGCAUUAGUUGUGACUUAUUUCUUUUCUGACAUUAAACUAUAGUUCUAAUAAACUAAUGUAUUUUCUAAUGGCA